AUGGCACUAGAAGCACUAUCCUCUAAUGAGUUCCUGAACUUCAUAAUCUAUGACACUAUCUCUGCAACCCCGUAUAGCAGCCAUGACUCCCUAGAGACGGCAAGUUUCUUGUUAGAGAAUUUGAAACCUCAAGGCCAUGGUGUUUCUGUAAAUAGCACUUCACUAAUGACUCAACAAAGAUGCCCGAUGGGACGAGAAGCCAUCGAUAGGAGGCAGAACUUAUUAGCUGUGCAAGGGAAGAAGAAAAGAAGAAGAAAGCCAAGAGUUUGUAAGAACAAGGAAGAAGCCGAGACACAAAGGAUGACACACAUUGCUGUUGAGAGGAAUCGGAGGAAACUGAUGAAUGAGCAUCUUGCCGUUUUGAGAUCUCUCAUGCCUGAAUCUUAUGUUCAAAGGGGUGACCAGGCUUCUAUAGUAGGUGGUGCCAUAGAGUUCGUGAAGGAGUUAGAGCACCUUCUGCAAUCCCUUGAAGCUGAAAAGCUCAAACUACAGCAAGGAUUAACAGGACCAAAUUAUAGCAUUGAAGAUGUUACUACAACCUCAGAGUUUCCACCACCACCCUUUGCACAAUUUUUUGUGCAUCCUCAAUACACUUGGUCUCAAAUUCCUAACAAGUUUACGUCAAAGACUAAAGCAUCCAUAGCCGAUAUUGAAGUCACUUUGAUUGAAAGCCACGCAAAUCUGCGGAUUUUCUCAAGAAGAAGCCCUAGACAACUUUCAAAGUUAGUUGCUGGAUUUCUAACACUUCACCUCACUGUCCUUCACAUCAGUGUGACCACCAUGGACCCAUUGGUUCUCUACUCAAUUAGUGUCAAGCUUGAAGAAGGAUGCCAACUCACUUCAGUAGAUGACAUAGCUGGAGCAGUCCACCACAUGCUUAGAAUAAUUGACGAAGAAGCUGCCCUAUGUUGA